AUGUUCACCUUAUCAAGUGCUCUUAAAGCUUGUUCAGCGUUGGGUUUCCAUGGAUUGGGUAUGCAGUUACACUCCACUUUGAUAAAGAUGGAUUCAGUGAUGGAUUCACAUGUGCGUGUUGGUCUGAUUGACAUGUAUUGCAAAUGUGGUUUGAUGAAGGAUGCAGGGAUUCUGUAUAAUUUGAUGCCGGAAAAGGACUUGAUUGCGCUAAAUGCCAUGAUCUCUGGAUACUUACAGAAUGGGGAAGAUGGAGAAGCUCUAAACCUAUUUGUGGAGAUGUACAACCAAAAAAUGGGAUUUGAUCCGGCAUCUUUACUAGCAGUCCUCAAUGCAACUGCUGGCUUGCAGAAUGUUCAUGUCUGUAGACAAAUUCACAUCCUAGUUGUGAAGUCAGGGUACCAAUCUGAUAACUUCGUUCUAAACAGUCUUGUCGAUUCAUAUGGAAAAUGCUCCCAUGUGGGUGAUGCUUCGAGAGUUUUUGAAGAAUGUAUUAACCAGAUUUGCCAUCUUUUACUUCAGUAA